CUGUCAAUGUCACUUUGACGUCCUUAGUAAAAAAAAAAUGCCAGGUGCUUGUGAAGAAAUUAUUGAUGAUAUAGAAGAUUUAAUAUCUUCUCAAGAUAUAACGCCUAAAGAGCGAUAUUCUAGUAGGAAAAAUGUGAAUGUCCGUUCCAAAAAACGGGAGAAGGAUGCCGAGCCUGUGGAAAAAGUUAUAUUAGAAAGUGUUGUUCCAGGAACACAAACAAUCUAUGUAAAGACAUGGGGCUGUGCACACAACAACUCAGACUCGGAGUACAUGGCAGGCCUGCUGGCUGCAGCCGGAUACCCUCUCACAGAGGACAAGUGGCAAGCUCAGCUGUGGCUACUCAACUCUUGUACUGUGAAGAGCCCUUCUGAAGACCAUUUCAAGAAUGAAGUGGAACUAGGCAAGAGCCGAGGCAUCCACGUGGUAGUGGCAGGUUGUGUGCCACAAGGAGCCCCUCGCGCUGGCUACCUGCAGGGUAUUAGUGUUGUCGGAGUGCAGCAGAUUGACCGGAUCGUCGAGCUUGUAGAGGAAACGUUGAAGGGCCACACAGUCCGACUCCUCGGUCAAAAGAAAACUGCCACUGGUCGGAAAGCCGGUGGUGCUUCCCUCCUCCUCCCAAAAGUCAGGAAGAACCCCCUCAUAGAGAUCAUCCCCAUCAACACAGGGUGUCUUAAUCAGUGCACUUACUGUAAGACUAAGCACGCGAGGGAACUGGGCAGUUACCCACCUGAGGAGAUUGUGGAGCGGGCGAGACAAAGCUUUAAGGAGGGGGUGGUGGAGAUAUGGCUCACUAGUGAAGAUACAGGCACAUAUGGACGCGAUAUCGGCACAUCCCUUCCCGAAUUACUCUGGCGACUAGUGGAAGUCAUCCCUGAGGGCUGCAGACUUAGACUGGGCAUGACCAACCCCCCGUACAUUCUGGAACAUUUGGCCGAAGUGGCCAAGGUUAUGCAGCACCCGAGAGUAUACAAGUUUCUCCACGUGCCAGUGCAGUCGGGUAGCGACUCCGUCCUCGCUGAUAUGAAGAGGGAAUACUGUUGUGCAGAUUUUGAACAUGUCGUCAACUUCCUUCGAAAAGCAGUGCCCGGCAUGACCAUAGCCACAGACAUAAUCUGCGGCUUCCCCACGGAAACGGAAGCGGACUUCAAGCACACUAUGACGCUAUGCCGGAAGUACCGUUUCCCCUCGCUCUUCAUUAACCAGUUCUUUCCGAGACCGGGGACGCCGGCUGCUAAGAUGGUCAAGGUACCCGGUCAAGAGGUAAAGAAGCGAACAAAGAUGCUCUCCGAAUUCUUCCGUUCCUACGAGCCGUACGGCCACAAAGUCGGCGAAACACAAGAAGUCCUCGUCACCGACAUCUCCCACGACAAAAACUACUUUGUGGCCCACAACGAGUUCUACGAACAAGUCUUGGUACCCAAAGAAGAAAAAUAUAUGGGGAAAAUGUUAACUGUCAAAAUCACAGCGGCGACCAAAUUCUCUAUGAUGGGCCAGCCCAUAGACAAACCGAAGAUGCCCGGUUUGACAGCUCCAUUAAAAAAAGGAGAGGUCUCCGGACUCUACGGUGAGGAGAAAAAGAAAAUGACGUUGCCUUUGCCGAUUUUUGUUCUGAUAUUUGCAGUGCUGUUGAGGGUGAUCUGGUUUUUCUUAUAGUAUUUUGUAAAUAAAGUUGUUUUAAGUA